AUCCCAGUCGCUCUCUCUCUGUCUCUCUUUCUCGUGCGCCGCAGCGAUUGCCGCCGCCGCCGCCUGCCGCCGUCGAUCCGGCGGCAUACUUCAUCCCCAUCUCUCUCGCUUUUUAGCCGCAGCAGCACAUCGCACGCCACCGCACCUUCUAGUCGCCGCCGUCCAUCCGAAAUCCCCCGCAGCCCUCCGCUCUCUUACUCAAAGGAGCAGCGGAGAAUAAAUCCUUCUCCUUCCGUCUCUUUCUAGUCUGAGCAGGGGUUUCCUCUUGCCCUCAUCCUCUAGAGCAUCUACCGCUCCAUCCCUCUCCGUUGCUUGUGUGUGCGCGCGCCGAGCGGAAAACCUAAAUCCUCUAGAGCAGCAACCGCUCCAUCCCUCAACCCUAAAUCCUCUUUCGCCGCCUGAGCAGCAGUGGGAGCUCUCUCCUUCGCCAACCAGCAGUAGCUGCCCUCUCGGCCCCCUUUUUUCUAGCAUCUCGAGUAGCUUUGGAUGUGGGUCUCCAAGGGCAGGCUUCUAUCUUUCAGUGCCACUUCAACUGUUCUUUGUCAAUUUUCACUUGCGAACCACGACUAUGUUCUUAAGCAUAAGUAUGCGUCUAUUGCGCCGAGCAACAGUCAUUGCAUCAAAGAUUCAUUAGUGAACAAAUACUCUUGCUUUGGACCAUCUUCGCACUUUACGAAGAAUAACUUUUGUAAUGCUUCCAUUUCAUAUCCUGUUAUAUGUUCACAAGAGUUGUUGUGCUCCUCGAGACGAUAUUAUUUAGGUUCGCCAUCAGAAUCUGAGAGUAUAUCUUUGCCCAAUCGUGAUGGUUUGGCUUCGGUUGAUGAUUCAUGUGCUAGUGAUGCUAUGGCAAUUCAGAAGAUACUCAAGUCUCAUGAUAAAAGCUCUGGGCUUUCAUCAGCUCUUGAUGAAUGCAAGAUUCAGUUAACUGAGGACUUAGUUGUGCUUGUUCUUCGGAGGAAUCGCUCCGAUUGGAAGCUUGCACUAUCUUUUUUCAAGUGGGCUUCCACGCAGACUAACUAUUUGCAUGGACCGAGGGCUUAUAACGAGAUACUUGAUAUUCUUGGUAGGAUGAAACAGGUCAAAUUAAUGCAAGAGACGUUUGAUGAGAUUCCUAAAGAUAGGCAAGGAUCUGCCAUCAAUAACAAAACCUUUGCGAUCCUUAUGCAUAGAUAUUCAGGUGCUCACAAAGUGCAAGAAGCUAUAGGCAUUUUCUAUAAAAGGAUAGAUUAUGGAUUUGAACUAGACUUGAUUGGCUUCCAGCAACUUCUUAUGUCACUUUGCAGAUAUAAACAUGUCGAGGAGGCAGAAGCUUUAUUUCUUCAGAAACAAGAUCAGUUUCCACCGGUUAUAAAGAGCAGAAAUAUCAUCCUGAAUGGCUGGUGUGUUUUGGGAAGUUUACAUGAUACAACGAGAUUUUGGAAUGACAUAAAUAAAUCUGGUUGCAAACCAGAUUUGUACACCUAUAGCAUUUUUAUUAAAUCAUUGACUAAAUCUGGAAAACUUGGUACCGCCGUGCAGUUGUUCACAUCCAUGUGGGAGAAGGGUUGUGAUCCAGAUGUUACAAUCUGUAAUUGUAUCAUCGAUACAUUGUGCUUUAAGAAGAAAGUUCCUCAAGCACUUGAGAUUUUCUCUGAAAUGACCGAUCGAGGUUGCCUUCUUGAUGUGUCGACCUACAAUUCCCUCAUCAAACAUCUUUGUAAGAUCAAUAGGAUGCAAAAAGUACACGAGCUUCUGAAUGAGAUGGAAGAAAAAGGUUGCAAUCCGAAUACUAGAACUUAUUCUUACAUCUUGAAAACGGCUGACAAACCGGAAGAGGUUACUGCCUUGUUGCAGAGAAUGGAAAGGACUAGUUGCAAACUUGACUCGGAUACUUACAAUCUGCUACUGAACCUGUAUAUGCAGUGGAAGCACCAAAAGGGCAGUGGAUCUAUAUGGGCCGAAAUGAAGAGAAGUGGCCUGGGACCGGAUCAGCGAUCUUAUACUAUAAUGGUUCAUCAACUACAUAGCCAAGGGAAGCUAGAAGAGGCCUUGCAAUUCUAUAAAGAAAUGAGAGCAAAAGGAAUGAUCCCAGAGCCUAGAACAAAACUGUUAAUAAACUCAAUUCGAUUACAAAAAGAGAGAAGAGAAUGAUUCAUCUUCUCUUUCUUGUGCUGGUACAGAGAGGAAGAAUUUAUGAGCUGUUUUUUCUGUCAAUUGAGUUUGAGUUGAUAUCUUCAGUAUCUUCUGCAAAUUGCUCAUGUUCUACAUCCUUCAAGUACUAAUUGAUCAGCUAGUUGUUUCCUUUAAGCACAUGAAUGUGCGAUUCUUUUUCCUGUCAAACAAAGUAUGACCAUGUGAUUGUACAUUAUUUUAAUUCAUUUAACAAAGAGAUUGUGUAAUUAGUUUAUA